GUACGAAAUAUAGUUUUUUAUUCAAUAUAAUCUCCCUUAACCUCAAUACACUUAUUCCAAUGAUCUUCCAAUAAUUUUAUGCCAUCCCUAUAAUGACUUUCCGGAAGCUCUGCAAAAUACUCGUCUACGGCUUUCACGAAGGAAUUGUUUCAGGUAUGUGAAGAGCUGGUAGUCGCUGGGAGCCAAAUCUGAUGAAUACGGUGGAUUCUCAAGCAAUUCGUACUUUAAUUCGUUGAAUUUUGUCAUUGUUAAAACACUUUUGUGAGCGGUGCAUUGUCUUGAUGAGAAAUGACUUUUUUAUGCUGCAAACCAGGUCUUUUAUCACGAAUUUUUUCACCCAGCUUAUUCAAAAGGCUGCAAUAAUAUUUUGAGUUGAUUGUUUUACCUUUCUGCAGAUAAUCAAUUUACAAAAUUCCUUUUGCAUUCAAAAAAACUGAUGUCAUAACGGUGCAAAACAUCGGUUUUAUUCUGCUUAGAACGCUCCAUUCCACAUCAAUUGUUCAUUAAUUUCCUUUGCUUUUAAACUCCGUGCAUAUAAUAUUUAAAAUAUUACCAAAUAUAUAGCAUUUUAUUAAAAUUCGAUAGUAUUAUUUGGAUUUAAAAAAACUUCAGUUAUUUUUAGCCAGCAGCUAUUGUGAAUUUUUGUAAUUACUUUUGUGUUAAUUUUCCUUCAUGCAUAUGGCAGCUCUAAUUUCGUUGAAUUUUUCGUUGCGUCGUCUCCAUUUUGCAGUGCAGCAGGCCGCAUUGAAAAAUUUUUAUUGUGCGAAAAAAGUUUAUUACUGAUAUAAUAAAGUAAAAGUAUGUGGAGUUUUAGAAUAAACGCUGUGGAAAUAUAUUAAAUAAGUUUAUUAUACUGAGUUUAUAACGUUUGAGGUUAGUUUGUGUGCUAAAAUAACGAAUGUGGUUACUUACCCCCGCCUCCUAUUUUUUCUGUUCAAAACGCUGAAUUUUACGCUUGCCGCCGUGUGCGUAUCUGAAGCCCCAGUUGCCGGGCGCAACUAUUUCCGUGUGGCAGAAACAACUAAUUGAGAGUAAUUAAAAACAAGGUGCUCAUUUGUGGAUAUCUAAAAAAAAUUGUAAGACACUCGCAACUGUUGAAAAAAACUGCUUGAAAAUGAUGUUCACGGGCACCACCCAACAGCAGGACACUCGUUUCAGCGACAAGGAGAAGAAAUUAAUGAAGCAAAUGAAAUUUGGAGAUUGCUUAAAUAAACGUGUGGAUAUGUCAAAGGUGAAACUAGAUGUGUUGCGCCCCUGGAUCAGCAAAAAAAUCACGGAUAUUUUACACAUCGAAGACGAUGUCGUCGUUGAAUUUGUUUACAAUCAGUUGGAGGAAGAAAAAUUUCCGUGCCCAAAGAAAAUGCAAAUAAAUAUGACAGGAUUUUUAAAUGGAAAAAAUGCACGACAGUUUAUGGGUGAAUUAUGGUCUUUGUUACUAUCUGCACAAGAGAGCGAAAGUGGAAUCCCUGCCGAGUUUAUUCAGCAAAAGAAAGAUGAGAUACUUAAGAGGGAAGAGCAACAACGACAAAAUGAUCGUUCGCGUUCACGCGAUAGGGAUAGAGACAGGGAUCGUGAUAGGGAUAAUGAACGCGAUCGGGAUCGUGACCGUGACAGACGAUCCGGUAGAGAUCGCUCCAAUGAUGGACAACGUGAUGAAAUGAGUCAACGUGAGCAGCAGUUACCACCAAGUACAUUGAGCGCGAUCGAGCAGGUUAGGUCACAAUUAUCAGCUAAAUCUAGAUCGAAUUCGGCUGAAGAAACUAAUUUAGGUAAUGUUUCCCAAAGCAAGCAAUUUGAGGGGGGCAAUUCAGCCGGUGUGAAUGCUGCGGCAGCAGCAGCAGCUGCAGCUUUACUGCGCGACCGUUCCAGGUCACCCAAUGCUAGUGCAAGAUCUGCAGCAGCAGAAGCGGCCGCAUCAAAAAUACGUAAUCGAUCACCAAGAAAACGCUCCAGGGAUAGAUCAGUGAUGCGAAAAUCAUCUCGUGAACGCAAUUCGUCACCGCAGAGACGACGCAAUUCUCCCAGAGAUAGAAGGCGACCAUCGCGUUCACCGAGGCGAAGAUCAUCUGGCGGAGAUCGUCGUCGUCGUCGUAGCACUUGUAGUCGUUCCAGGGAUCGUAGUGUUAGACGACCACCAAGCAAGAAGCGUCAGCUAUCACGCUCUAAUUCUCCGCAAAAACGUCAAAGUCCGAAAUCAAAAAGUCGUCGUUCCAAAGAUAGACGAUCUAGAUCAAGAUCACGUUCAAAAUCACCCGUGAAACGAAAGCCAUCCCCAGCGGCAGUAAGAAAUUCCAAAAACACAAUUUCAUCUCCCUAUCGGAAGCGUUCAAGCUCUCGACACUCUAACCCACACACACCAGUCAACGGGCAUGAAGACGGCGGAGCCGCUAAAAAGCGCGACGCAAGAAAGCGUACUCCCUCCCCGAAUCAUAGUGAAAGCUCUCGUGUAUCAGGUGUUGACAAAAGGGCCACUGCACGCAAAUCAUCUAAAGGCCGUUCUCGUUCAAGAUCCGCUAGUAAAAGAUCAGUAAGAGGUGCUGUGUCAUCACGUUCACGUUCAAGAUCUUCAUCCCCUUCGUCAAGAGCUUCUGAGCGUUUAAAUAAAAAAGGCGUACGUCGAUCUAGUUCACGAAACACCAGUCUUUCGCCAUCGCCUGAGCAUAAAGAGGACUUCGAAAUACGACGUAACAAGAACAGCGUUCAAAAGAAGCGGCAUUAUCGGCAUAAUCGCGAUUCUUCAGCGAGCUCCAUGGAUAGAGAACACGAGCGGGAUGGUGGGCGAAGGAUGAUGGCGGACAAUAGAGGCAGACGAGGAGACAUGCCUGGCCGACGAUUCUCACCACAUAAUCGAAGUCCUCGAAAUGAUGGUGGUGGUGGCGGACGCAAUCAACGUUCUCGAUCUCGCCGCCGUUCAAAAUCUCGUAAUCGUUCUAGAUCACGCAAUCGAUCACGUUCUCCUAUGCGACGUUCGCGAUCUCCCCGACGUUUUAAUCGACGUCGAUCUCCAAUGAUGCACUUUCGAGGUCGAGGUGGAGGAAAUAAUCGUGGUCGUAUGAACUUCUGGCGCCGUAGUCCCAGUAGAGGUCGCGGUGGUGGAGGAGGAGGAGGUGUAGGUGGUCCUGGCGGACGCUUUGAUCGUCGUUUCUCACCUCAGCGCAGAUAUUCGCGCGAACGAGAUCGUGAUCGCCGUAUGUCGCCGAUGCAAAAUCAAUUCCGCAAAUUUUCUCCGCAACGGCGAUUCUCUCCACCCCAAAAUAUGCAGUACCAAAGAAGGUCAAGAGAACGAAGAUUUAGUCCAGGUCCACGUGAUCGCCGACCAUCCUCUCCAAUGCGUGACAAUUCUCGUGAUCGAGGCGGAGGAAAUAAUUUCAGUCGGUGGGAUCAAAAUAACCGCAAUGUUCAAAAACCAAAAGCUAGAGCCUCGUCAGAAAGUUCGAAUUGGGAGUUAGACGAUGAACCUACUAAACAAGCAGCGAACCGUCAGCCCAGUACAACAAAACAAACUAGUCCAAUUAAAAACAACGGAGACCGUUCAAGAAGUCUCAUACGGUCCCGCGAUAGAAGCGGUCGGGAUUCCAGCCAGUCUUCGGAAAAAAUGUCAAAAGCUCGUGCAAAUUCAGGACGACGGUCGUCGGUUGAAUAUGCAGGUCCCUCUGUCAAAACCAUUGACUUAUCCAAAGAAGAACGUGGCGAAAAUCGUAAAGCAAAGAUGGAAGCAAUUCAAACUGAAUCUCACCAAGUAAAGAAGCAAGCUCCGCUGGUUGUAGCCACUACCGCUACUACUGGUCCAACUUUACGCAACGAGAAAUUACGUGAUCGAUACAGUUCAAGUUUGUCUCGCACACCGUCACCAUUUUUGAAGCCUCACGAACGUGAAAAACUUCAGAAAAAUGCGCUAAAGAAAUCGCAAGAGAAAAAGCCACAAAAGAGCCGUAAAGAAAGUUAUUCCUCGUCUUCAGAAAGUUCCGGCGAUAGUGAUGACAGUGAAGAUGAGGAGGAGCGUAAUAUAGUUGAAAAAACAAGAGUGUCGAGAAUGAAGAAUUCUGAAUUGCGUACCAAAUCUAAAAGACGAAAGUCAGUAACAAGUGAAGACGAGUCUGACGAUGAUAGCGAUGACGAACAAGCCAUGAAAAAGUUGAAUUCAAAAGGAUCAAGCAAAGGUCAGAUAGUGGUAGAAUUACCAGCAAGUGGCAAGGCUGGGCGCAAAGAAAAGAAUGCACACACCGAAGAAAUUCGAGAAGAGCGAAAUGCAGUUGAGGUCGGUAAAGGCAAAUACCUAAACGAUGUAUCAGAAGUAACGGUUCAAAGUAGUUUGAAGGGAAAUAAAAAAAUAGUGGUCGAGAAACACGCUCCAAGAGAUAAUGAUUCAUCCAAUUCAAGCGAUGACUCCGAAAAAGAACAGUCGGAAAGCAAAACAGCUGGCUCGAAAUCGAAACAAAUCACUUCACGCAAACGUGCAACUUCUGUUUCUGGUUUGAAAAAAUCCAAGCGCGAAUCAUCGGAUUCAGAUGAUGACCAAAUUUCAAAGAAGAAACGAAAGAAGGCAAAGAAAACAUCAAAACGUAAUUCAGACGAUGAUAGCUCUUCGGAUUCCGAAGCUGAGGCAAUGUCAAAAAAGAAAAAGCAUAAGAAGCAUAAAAAACACGCCAAGAAGAGUAAGAAACACAAGAAACAUAAGAAGAAGAACAAAAAGGCUGAUAGCUCUUCAAGCAGUGGCGAGGAAGAUGAAGUCCGCGAACGUAUCGGAAAAUCUACAUCGGCGUCUUUACUUCUAGGAGGAGUAAAUGAAGACUUAGAGAAACAGUUGCGUGAAAGGGCUUUAAAAUCAAUGAAAAAGAACGAGUAAAGACCUAAAUUAACAAUGGUAGACAGACAUAUGCAGGAACGACUGGAUAAUGUGUAUGCUCCACAUUUUAUCAUUUUGCCUGAUUAAUUUUUUAUGUACUCCACAAAAUAAUUUAGUUUGUAACCGACACAAUUAUUAAUACUUAAAGUAAUAAGUAGGACUUUUGGAGACCUC